UAAUAAUAAUAAUAUUAUGUGCUCAAUACAUAUUAUGAUAUGUAAAGAGCUGCAAAAGAAGUUAAAACAUAUAGUGUAAUAAAAUAUUUGACUGACCAGCCAUGAUGCCAUCGUUUCCACUUUUUUCAGAGCAAUGAGGGCUAUUUAAACUGUGAAGAAUUCCCUCCUCUCCUACCAACUCACCCUCCCUUUGCCCUCUCUCGCUUCUCUGCCCCUUAGCUUUCUUUCUCCAUCAAAUGCUUCUCAAUACAAGAAACAUAAUUACAUCAAAUAUUGCCGGAAAGCAGAAGAAAGACAUGGCUGGAUUCAGCUUGAAAGGCUUUGUGGCAAUCCUUCUCCUCAUUCUCCUCCUGCUCUGCUACAACUUUGAGGUCUGCGAGGCAAGAAGAGGCAAGCAUUGGAAGCAGAGGAGGCCUCCCGCUUCCUCUCUAGCCAAGAAAAAAGGAAAGGGGAAAUCUGGGGGCGGCAGUCACAAUAACCACCACGGCGGCGGCGGGGCGAAACCAGCUCCUCCUGUGCCGAGCCCGAGCCCGCACCCGAGCAACAAUUCCAUGUACAACGUGCUUGAUUUUGGGGCGAAAGGCGACGGGGUGACUGAUGACACUAAGGCAUUUGAAGAUGCUUGGAUGGCAGCCUGCCAGGUCGAGGCAUCAACGGUGAAGGUUCCAUCGGAUUACGCAUUCCUCGUCGGUCCGAUCUCCUUCUCGGGUCCCUACUGCCAGCCUAACAUCAUAUUCCAGCUAGAUGGGACGAUUGUUGCGCCUACAAAUUCAAAAAUCUGGAGCUCAGGACUGCUUUGGUGGAUAGAGUUUACAAAGCUGAAAGGAAUCACGAUUCAAGGUCAUGGCACCAUUGAAGGCAGGGGAAGUAUCUGGUGGAGCCAAUCAGAACCCAACAAUGAACCUAUAAAUGAGGACCUUGACAUGAAGAUGCCAAGCAUAAAACCAACUGCAUUAAGGUUUUAUGGUAGCUACAAUGUAACAGUGACGGGCAUAACCAUCCAAAACAGUCCUCAGUGUCACCUCAAGUUUGACAAUUGUGAAGCUGUCCAUGUCUUCAAUAUGUCGGUCGCAUCCCCUGGCGACAGCCUCAACACGGACGGAAUCCAUCUUCAGAACUCCAAAGAAGUUGCAAUCCACCACUGCAAUUUGUCCUGCGGUGAUGAUUGCAUAUCAAUUCAGACAGGAUGCAAUGGUGUUAAAAUACAUAAUGUAAACUGUGGACCUGGCCAUGGGAUCAGCAUAGGAGGGCUUGGAAGAGACAACACCAAAGCCUGCGUCUCCAAUAUUACAGUGCAGGAUGUCAACAUGUAUGGAACCAUGACAGGUGUCAGAAUCAAGACCUGGCAGGGUGGUUCAGGUUCAGUCCAAAACAUAAGGUUCUCAAAUAUCAAAGUUUCAGAGGUGCAAACUCCCAUAGUGAUUGAUCAGUUCUACUGUGACCGAAGUUCCUGCAAGAAUCAGACAAACGCAGUAGCGUUAUCAAGCAUCGCAUAUGAGAGUAUCAAGGGAACAUAUACUGUCAAGCCUGUGCACCUAGCGUGCAGUGAUAACACUCCUUGCUCAGAGAUCAGCUUGACUGAAAUAGAGCUCCAACCCAUGCAAGAGCAUUAUCAUAUGUAUGAUCCAUUCUGCUGGCACGCUUUUGGGGAACUGUAUACACCAACCGUCCCUCCGAUUUUCUGCCUGCAAAAUGGAAAGCCAACAAGCAACCGCAUCCUCUCUGAUCAUGACAUCUGUUGAAAGUGCUUAUUGAGAAACUUGAUGUAUAUAAUGUGUGGUUGUGAUGCUUCCAACCCCCUUCAAUUCACACCAUGUCCCAGAGAAUACAACUACAUGGUAUUUACAAGAGGGCAUCUAUGCCUAUUGGCAUGGUUGUACCCAUGAGGUAAAUAAUUUAUAUGGCUCCCGUAUCUCCAAGGUGAUGCAAAGAAGGUUGUUUACUAGUGUUUUUUUUUUUUUACUGGUGCUUAUUUGGAGGCUAUAUGGAUGUCUUCAUGGUUAAAUAUUGCUGGGUACUAGUCAGUUGUACGAAGAUAUCAAUUAAGAAGCACUACUACGUUGUACCAUCAUAUAGAAAUAUGUUUCUAAGAUUAUAUUUCUAGAGUCUUGAUUUGAAA